AUCCGAUAUGUACGACGGAAUUCAGUGUAGCGCGAACAGACAACCGAUACGCACAGGUUCCGCGGCAGGAAGGCGGUUUUCGAUUGGUUUUGAAGUGAGCUAGCGUGUGUGUGUGAGUGCCAAGUGCGAGAGUGCGGAAAGAACAAAUUAAAAAAAAAAUAUAUAGACAGAACGAUGCGUCAUUCGCUGAUGCCGACAGUGAUUGGGACAGUUUUGCUGGUGCUAGCGCCGCUGGUGGCCCGCUCGCAGGAGCUGGCGGCAGUGAGUGGUACAGCAGUGCGGUGCGAAACGGUCGGCUCGCUUCCGGCCGACGAGACGGACCGGUGCAGUGGCGCGUACUAUCGCUGUGAGCUGCGGCCAACGGACAGCGUGCCGGUUCCGGUCGCUGCGCAAUGUUCCGUCGGGCGCGUGUACUCGCGCGAAGCGCGCCAGUGCGUGGACGCGGCGACGGUCGGGUGUGGCGGCAUUGCGUUUGCCGGCCCGCGUGACGUCGGCUUCCAGUGUACGUCCAGUGGUAGGUUUCCCGAUCUGGACGCGCCCGACUGCAAGGCGUACUUUCUGUGCACGAAGAACACGGACGGUUCGCUGAUACCGGCCCGGGUGACCUGCCCGGGAACGACCAUCUUUUCGCCGGAAAAGAUGUCGUGCGUUUCGUCGCCGCCCAAUGUGUGCCCGCAGGCAUCGACGACGGCGCCGCCCCCGAGCACGGCCGUCACGCCCGGACCGUUCGUGUGUCCCGACGAGGGCCGAUACGCGGACGAACAGUCGCCCGACUGCCAAACGUACUACCUCUGCCUGUACUCUGGAAGCAGUCUGGUGGCGCAGCUGUCGCGGUGUGCCUCUUCGAUGGUGUUCUUUCCGGCUGAGGGCAGAUGCGUUUCCUUCGACCAGUACAACUGCCCGAAUCUGGUGACGCCGUCACCGACAGUCCCGACGACGACCUCAACGGCGUCGCAAUCAACGCCUGACCCAUCAACGAUCAUCCCGCUAACGACGCCAGGUUCUGCAACUCCUGUGCCAACGCCUGAGCCAUCAACUAUUAUUCCGCUGACGACGCCAGGUUCUGCAACUUCUGAAGUGACGUCCGAACCUGCAACAAACGUUCCUCUUACUACACCAGGUAUGCCGUCAUCCUCAACUGCUGCAGAGUUAACACCUGAGCCAACAACAAACAUUCCGCUAACAACGCCUGGCCCGGGCCCGACUUCAACAACUCCUGAAGCAACGCCUGAGGUCACAACGAACAUCCCGCUGACGACACCAGGCACUGGAUCUGCCUCAACCACCAACUUGCCACAAACAACGCCUGAUGAAGGCCCAUCUGCGACAACUCCUGCACCAACUGCCGAGCCAACGACGGCCAUCCCGUUGACCACGCCGGGUCCAGUCACGCCAACUACACCGUCCGUGCCGGUACCGACCACAACAACAACUCCCGAGCCACGGACGGACCUCCCGCUGACUACGACGCCGAGUCUGGUACCGUCCUCAACGACGACUGAUGCCGCCACCACCACGACCACCGACAGUGUGGACGGGACAGAUACGACCGACCGUUCCGACGCUACCGACGGCGCAACGAACACAUUGCCCACCACCACUACGUCCGGCGCGUUCCAGUGCCCGAACGAGGGCCGCUUUCCGAGCCCGGACGCCACCGGCUGCGAAUCGUACGUGCUGUGCGUGCGCAACAGCCUCGGCACGCUGACGCCGCUCCAGUUCACCUGCCCGCCGACCACCAUCUUUUCGCCGACCCGCGCCAUGUGCGUGACGGCGGCCCUGCACACGUGCGGCCAGGAGACGACCAGCGUCGCGCCACCGGCCACGACGACUACGACCGUGCCGCCACCGCCACCACCGACGCCCACCCCGUUCCAGUGUCCGGACGUGGGCCGCUUCCCGAAUCCCGACUCGCUCUACUGCAAAUCCUACUACCUCUGCCUGUACAGCCUGGCCGACGGCAACACGAAUCUGAUCAGUGUGGAGCUGAGCUGCCCCACUGGCGCCAUUUUUGCCACGGACGCGAGCCGCUGCGUCAAGGAGGAGGGUUACCGGUGCGGGGUGGGCGGCGGCGCUACCACUGCCGGUCCGGAGACGACCACGACGGCGGCGACGACGACAACGACGACGACGACGACAACCACCACUACGACCCCUGCGCCUACUACGACCACGCUCGGGCUGGAGGGUGCGUGCCGGACGGCCGGCAAGUUCCCGACCGGGGUCGACUGCCGCUCGUACCAGUUCUGCGUCCAGCUGCCGUCCGGCGAGCUGGUCGAGUUUAUCUUCCAGUGCCCGGGCACCACGCAGUACGACGAGCAGAAGCGGGCGUGCUCGGACCGCUACGUGUGCACCCGCGGCCUGAUGUGAUGACAGGCUCCCCCUUCAUCUCCCUCCUCGUCCUCCCCCAAUUGGUGACACGCUGUAAUUAGGUGUUUAGCUGUUUGUUUUUCUUCUCUUCUGUGCCGUGCUGUCGCUGCGCACCCCAAGGUGACCUGGUUUGAGUAAUAAAUUAUUUUAUGCUGUGCAA